CUUCACGGUUGACCAUCAUGAGUACAUUUACCACAGAGCCACCCAUAGAGGACGACAUUCUUAGUGAUGUUGUUCCCAGCAACAUCGUCUCCCGCCAGGCUAGUCACGGUCCGAGCGGAGAGAGCGAAUUUGAAGAAGAUGAGCUAGCCAGUGAACCUGAUCCCGUCGAAGACCCGUUGCCCAAACGCAGAGGCCGAUCCGCCCUCGACCGAGAAGAAAGGAGGCAACGGAGACUAGACGCAGAAGACAAACUGCAAGCCCAGCGCCAGGAAAUGGAUAAGGCUAAGCAAGCCGAUUCGAUAAAACGGUACUCUUACCUUCUGGGGCAAACGGACCUGUUCAAACAUUUUGUGGAUAUCAAGAAAGCGCGCGAUCCAGAAUAUGCUGCUAUGUUGGAUGCGCAGCCUAAACCGAAAGGACGCGGACGAAAGAAAGCAGCGAACAACAACACGCGGCACCGUCGGUCGGAGAAAGAGGAAGAUGAAGAGUUGCUGAAAGAUGGGGAGGCUGCCGUUGAUGGGAACGAUCAACCUUUCGUUUUCGAGGAAUCUCCAAGCUUCAUAACGGGGACAAUGCGCGCGUACCAGCUCCAGGGUCUUAAUUGGAUGGUCUCAUUGCAUCAUAACGGUCUCAAUGGUAUUCUUGCAGACGAAAUGGGCCUCGGCAAAACCCUCCAGACCAUUUCCUUUCUCUCAUACCUCAAACAUUACUGUGGCAUCGCUGGCCCCCAUCUCAUCGUCGUCCCGAAGUCCACGCUACAGAAUUGGUGCCGCGAAUUCGAAAAGUGGUCACCCGACUUCAAUGUGGCUGUUCUGACUGGUUCAAAAGAAGAACGCACGGAUAUCAUCGCCGAGCGUCUAAUACCUCAGGAUUUUGAGGUCUGCAUUACAUCAUAUGAAAUAUGUCUCAUCGAGAGAUCUGCUUUCAAAAAGUUCUCGUUCGAGUAUAUUAUUAUCGACGAGGCUCAUAGGAUUAAGAACGUGGACUCCAUUCUGUCACAGAUUGUGCGCUCUUUCAUGUCUCGUGGACGACUCCUAAUAACAGGGACGCCGUUACAAAACAAUCUGAAAGAGUUGUUUGCGUUGCUGAACUUCAUUUGCCCGGAAAUCUUUGUCAACUACGCUGACUUAGACAGUUUCCUGCACAAGGAUGCCAUUGGGACGGAAGCAGAAGCAGAGAAGAGCAAAAAGGUGGUGGAAGCACUGCACAAGAUUUUACGACCGUUCUUGCUAAGGCGAGUGAAAGCUGACGUAGAGAAAAGUCUUCUUCCGAAGAAAGAAAUCAAUAUCUACGUCGGUCUUACGGACAUGCAAAGAAAGUGGUAUAGAUCCGUGCUGGAGAAAGAUAUAGAUGCUGUAAACGGGUUGACUGGUAAGAAGGAGGGGAAAACUCGGCUCAUGAAUAUGGUGAUGCAGUUGCGUAAAGUAACGUGUCAUCCAUACCUAUUCGAUGGCGCUGAACCUGGACCGCCUUACACGACUGACGAGCACCUGAUCGAUAAUUGUGGCAAGAUGAUCAUCCUGGACAAGCUUCUCAAGUCCAUGAAAGCCCAAGGCUCGCGGGUACUAAUUUUCACUCAGAUGAGUCGUAUCCUUGACAUUCUGGAAGAUUAUUGUCACUUCCGACAGUAUAAUUACUGUCGAAUCGACGGAGGGACUGCCCACGAAGAUCGUAUUGCCGCUAUUGACGAAUACAACAAACCAGGCAGUGACAAGUUUUUGUUUUUGCUUACGACUCGUGCUGGGGGUCUCGGUAUCAAUUUGACUACAGCAGACAUUGUUGUCCUGUACGACAGUGACUGGAACCCUCAGGCAGAUCUCCAAGCCAUGGAUCGUGCUCAUCGGAUCGGUCAAACGAAACAGGUGUAUGUCUUCCGUUUAAUUACGGAAGGUAGCGUGGAAGAAAGAAUGCUAGAGCGUGCAGCGCAAAAGCUGCGUUUGGAUCAGCUUGUCAUCCAGCAAGGUCGAACACAGCAAACAAAACCCGCUAACAAGGAUGAAUUGUUGGAAAUGAUUACUCACGGUGCUGAGAAGAUCAUCAAUUCAACGGCGGAUGAACUACUGAUUAAUGAAGACAUCGAUGCCAUUAUACAGCGCGGAGAAGAGCGGACAGUUGAGCUGAACAGCAGAUACGAAGGUCUUAAUUUCGAAGAUCUGAGCAACUUCAAGUCCGAAGCGUCUGUCCAGCAAUGGGAAGGUGAAGAUUUCAGGAGCGGACGGAAAAGCUUGGGAAUGAGCUUGCUGUCGUUGUCGAAACGGGAGCGCAAGUCAAACUAUUCUGUGGACAAUUAUUUCAAGGAUACGCUACGCGCUGGACCUUCUAAACCAGAAAAGGCUGCCAAAAUUCCUCGUGCACCCAAGCAGAUUGCAAUCCAAGACUUCCAGUUCUUCCCUCCCCAAUUGGCUGCACUGCAGGACCGCGAACUUGCCGUGCACAAGAGGAUUAAUGGUAUAUCCGCCACCCCUCGUGAAACCCAAGGUCCCGAUGAUACCCCAGAAAAGUUGGAGGAAGAGAGACUUGCAGCUCAACAUCUGAUAGAGACAGCUGAACCUCUCACCGAAGCUGAGAUAGCUUUGAAGGACUCAUACAUAGACCAAGGUUUCCCUGACUGGAGUCGACGUGAUUUCCAACAGUUCGUAAAGGGUUUGGAGACCUACGGAUGGGAUGCAGAUUGGGAAGAAUAUGCAUCUGAUAUUCAAGACAAGACUGCGGCAGAAGUGAAGAAGUACUUCCAGGUUUUCCAGAAGAAGUGGAAAAUGCUCGCAGAGUACCCAAGAAUUCAAGUGCGCAUUAUAGAAGGCGAAGCUAAGCGAAACAAACGCGACAUGCAUACCUAUCUACUCCAGCACAAGAUACAAUCAGUGAAGUACCCUAUGCAUGAAUUAGAACUCAACUACCCUACGACGAAAGGGAAAGUUUAUACCGAAGAAGAAGAUCGAUAUCUAUUACUUCGGUUACAUCACUAUGGCUUACAGACGGACGACGUGUACGACAAGAUCAAGAGGGAUAUCAUGGAGAGCCCCCUCUUCCGCUUUGAUUGGUUCUUCAAGAGUCGGUCGCCUCAGGAGCUGCAGAGGAGAUGCAACACACUGUUGGGCAUGAUCGAGAAAGAGGCUGAGACGACUAUGCCUCACUUGGUCACGUCGUCUUCGAAGGGCAAGAAGCGCACUAACGAGGAGGUGUCAGUUUCCAAGUCCAAGAAGUCGGUGUCAGCCAAGAUCAAAGUAGAGGAGAGGCCUGCGAAGAAAAAGAAGACGUAGGCUAUCGACGGCUAGUUACUGCUGUAUAGAUUAGUAUUGUAAUUUAUUCUUUAGAUAGAGAUC